AAACAACGCGCCCUGAGGUAAAGAGAAAGCUAACAGUGAUGGCUUACUGCAACGCUGACCAUUUCGAGCAGAUUGGGAAUAUGCAGACGCAAAUACACGAAAGUUUCGAUUUACCGUAGAACGGGAACGCAUGCAGGCCUCGAGCGAGGCAGCGGUGUAGAGUUGAUAUGUCGCCGGCCAAAGCUCUCCAAUUCGGUGAGGACAGAGACCGAUUUGGGGGAAAGGAGGAGACAUGAGCUGGAAGAACAACUGUUUGCUUACUUAAGAUCAGAGGAAAGGCAUGCUUGAGACCGGUUUGUUUUCAUGACGGCUCUAUUAAAUGCAUUUAUGAAAAAUAAAAAACUGUGAGAUGAGGUCAUGGUGGUCAAGAGUGUGUGAGAGAACUAAGAUGAAGUGUGCCAAGAUGCUCUGCUAUUACAAGGAGCUGCACGAGAGAGAGCGGCAAGCAAAGAUGCGCAACCUUGAGCUUCUCGGGAAUGUUGAGAGCUUGGCAGGAAAAUUGAAAGAAUUUUCCAUUGAUUGUAGCCGGCUGCUUCAAAAGAGGCUGGAGUACAAGAAUCAUAUUACCAAACUGAAGAAAGACGGGAAGAAAAUGGAGAGCAGGGGAGAAUCCGAGGCGUAUGAGCAACCAAACCGAUUUCUUCUUCCCGGCACAUGUGCAUCCUCACAGAGUGCUGUCAUCUUUACGGGUCACAGUGGCUCAUCUGGAAAAGAAGGCAUCAUCACCACACACUUACUAGCUCGGACAGAGCUCGUACCUAAUCACCCUACACUCUCUCCUCACCAAAGUGCCCUUUCGAUGUACGGGCAUGUUUCAAACGCCAGACUCCCUGCCGUCUUAUCCGAUGACAUUCUAAAAUCAGGUGUUUGCCUUGAGGGUGCACGUGUCAGCGACGUGCACGAUCAGCAGAUGGAGUCUGAUUCUGACUUCUCUCAGAGGAAGGGCGAGCCGCGGAGACAGGAGGAUCUCGACUCGGCCUGGAAAGAAGCUGAAGUGUCCUCUCGAUCUGUGACCUUGAAGAGGCCUGCAGCCGUUGUGUCAUUAGAGCGAUGUCCGACCCACAGUCCUUCACCGGAUACUACUGAUCCAAGAGAUUCCCCUCAAUAUAGAAGUUCUAGAGGUGAAGAUGAGGCACUGUCUGCAGAGGAGCAUAGUGGAUCAAUGCUAGGAAAUCAAGAUCUUCCAGAUCACUCUCAAAGCAGACGUCCCAGCAUUCCCAGUCCAGCUGUUGAAAGUAGAACAGAACCAUCAGCACAUAAACACAGUGACAUUUUAGUUUUAACAAAUCACACCCCAAGAAGAGAUGAUAAAAGCAGAAAACACAUUCAGGAGGAGCCUGUCACACAUCAGUCUGGACGCCCUGAUGCUCUUGAACCCCCAAACAGGAUCUGCACGGGAGGAUUUUGUCAUCUUCUAGACCGCGUCGAACGAGGUCUCCGUGCUAAAGAUGUGAACAUAUAUCAGCGCGGCACAGUCAGUGAGCAGAAACUCAGAGAUAUCAUCAGUAUAUGCAGGCAGCGGUGCAGUCUGGAUGAUGUGGACCUGCAGAUGUGUGGUGCUGUGAUUGUUCAUCAGUUGCCUCUGCUGUGCUGUAAUCUGCCUCAGAGAUGUCUGUUACCCGCUGAUCUCAUCGACACUCACUGGUCAUCAACUACAAACCAAGAACAGAUCAGAUCGUGUCUGUCAGCUGAAGGAGCUUGGCUGUGGGAACAAUGUUUCAGACACAUGCUUUAUCUGCAGAAUCACAAUGUUCUGAGCACAGACCUCGUUGUUCAGAUCUUCACUCCAUUGCUGGUGCUCAACAAUGCCACCUACACAGUCAAGGCAGGAGAGCUGCUGAAGAGGCUUCUGACCUACGAAUGUGAUACCCAUCAGCCGUCAGAAAGCGAACGGCCGUCUUCUUGCAGCUUGUCUUCGCUUCUGGACGACAGCAUGGAAAUCAAACCCGCCAGGCCUUCCAAAAGACAUUCUCCACUCGCUGGAACACGAGAAAUUCAAAGUGCUGAAGAGGACAGUGCCGACCAAAGCCCAGUGGAAAGUAUUCCUAUUAGAGAGACCAACGCAUAUCAGCUGCUUAAACAAACUGUGGCACAAGAGAGACGCUGCAGUGAUGCAGAGAAUGAGGAUUCUGAGUCGUCAGACAUCACCAAAUCAGAAAGGGCUGAGGCACUCCGAGAUUCUACAACACAAAAUAGCCGGAGAAAUGUUAAAAAUAAAGUCAACGCUUUCUCUGCCAUCCAGUCAAAGGCAUUUUGGGGAGAAUCAGACGACUCUGAGAUCGAAAUGGCCCUACGUCCUAAAUCCCGUAAUGAAGACGCCAAUGACUCUGAUGAUUUUUAUGAUUGAUGUUAUGCAGUCGACCAUCAGCAGUGAAGGUUUUUUUUUUCAACGAGAAGUUAAUAUGUUUGAAACAGACACAUUCGUAUGAUUGAAAAACAAACAAAAAUCUUCAGCGAGGAACGAGUGCGGCAUUCCAUGAAAACAAAUAAGAGCGAGCCUCUUUAUUGUGGCCAAAGACUGUGAAGGGUUUUCAAAACAUGUCGGUGUUAACCCUGCUUGAAUCUCUUUAGCUGAACAACACUUGGACCUGGUUGAAAUAGAUUAAACUUGGUUUUUAAAGUGAUUCCUUUGCACUGUGCUGAAUAUUACGCAUUUUCGAUGCUGCAGGUAUCUGGCGGCGAGUUGGAGUGGAAUGCUCUGAGUCAACUCCAAUGAAAAGCCAGUGCACAAUGGCCACUCCGCAUGGUUCUGGAACACCUUUGAACUCGCUCAAGUACCCGUGGCCCAUUUAGGAGGACAAAAUGUGUUGUGCUCAUCUUGGUAGGGAAACAAAUGCUCUCUGUACUCGCGGUGGCUUGAAAACUGUUUUCGUCAGCUGAAUGCGACAGUGUCUUUUUCACGCCAACGAUAUUGGACCGCAGUCCACUUCGGUGCAAUGCACAAUAGUUCAUUUUCAGGUCUUCAUGUUUUCUGAUGAGGGAGAUUUAACAGGAAUUUAUAACAAUUUUACGAGAUUGCUCAUUCGAAGGAUCGUGAUUAUUAUCAAAACUCCCCUCCCAUAAACAACCAUAACUUUCACGCAAGCAGAUCGUACUAAAAUGAAAAAAACGAUGAUUAUGAAUUGCCAUGAAGUUGUGUUGUUCUGACCACUUUUUGCAAGAUUUCCAGUUGCAUUUUACAUAGUCUUGUUUUAUUGUGAUAAACAUUUCUGUUAUUGUAAACAACCACAAACGUUUGACUUUCGCUUUAUUUUCAAAGUUUUCUUUUAAUAGGCGCUCCCUUACUGUUAUCAAUACUGUUAUAUUCAAAGUAUUGUGGUUAAAAUUAGAUAUAAUUAGGAAAAAAGCACCGAUCAAACACAUCAAAAUCAUUACAGUAAUAACGGUUAUUUUUCCAAAACGGCCGCGACUGCUACAGCCCUUUUCUAAUGGAGCUGAAAAUAACAUUACAAAGUAAAAUUGCUGUACACCGAUAUCCAAAACUGUUUUCCCAGCCGUCAAUAAUCACCUGUGACUCGAGGUUUCUCAUUUUUCCUGUGACUCAGAGUUCAUUUGGUUUUUAUCGUCGCUGCGUUGUAUUUAACAUGCACACAGGGAUGUUAUCCUGUAAUGAUACCCAAUCCGCAGCAUUCUAGCCAUCAGUAGGGUUCCAUUAGUUCGCUUUUAGGUAACUUCAUGGAGCCGAUACCGCUAAAGUAGGACUCCACACUCAUUAGCCGUAAUGGCCGCGGACAGCCCUGACCCGCACGUGCCUGCAUAAUUUGGGGAUUGCUAAAAAGCUCCCCUCAUAUAAUAUCUGUGUUAAGGAUCAUGUCAACAGAUACUUGUGUGACCGAGAGAGAUACUGUGCCCGUCGCUUCUGUAAACAGUUUUCAGGGUGAGAAAACUGAAACCGAGCACAUUAUCAAUAACCACUAACAUAAUUCUAAAUAUACCGGAUGUGUUUUUCAAAUACUAUACCAACCUUGUCUUUCCCGGCAGGGAACAUUUUCUUGAAAUCUUUUCAUUUAAUGGAUCAACAGAAGAAAGACUCGCAUGUGGGUUUUGAAUGACAUGAGGGAGUAUAAAUGAUGACAAUAUUUAUGUUUUUACCAAUGAGUACUUGCUUUACAAAGCAUCCAUUUUCCAGGAUUCUUUAAUGGAACCAAAAUGUUUGCCGAACUUGCUUUUGGUGCGUCAUACUAACCGUUUUUACAAUCAUCUUUAGUCUACAGUACAUUGCCUUUAUUGGUCGUGAUUUUGUAAAGUGAUUUCGGGGCGUGGAAGCGAAACUUUUAUUCUGCUAGUGAAUAAUAAGCUGCGAAGGCCAGACGUGUCUUUGUUUUUGGAACAAUGACAAUGAAACACGGGAAGACCCAGAUGAAAGCAAGUAUGGAAGUUAAACACUCUCAUUAACAAUGAUCUGCCAGCAUUCUGCUAUUUGCAUAUUGCAUGUUUGUGUAAUUUAUUCACGUUUAUUCGACAAGUUGAAGUUUGAAGUGUGUCCCUUCCACUCUCCCCUAUCCACUUUUAUUUUUAUCAGGGAAUAAUGAUUUAAAACAAGGUCAUUUGAUCUUCUGUUUCAAUAGACCUUAAUGAAAUAUUCAUUUACUCGCCCGUGGUUUCUCUCACAGCGUUUCUGAGGAUGUUCAGCAAGACACAAAGGCCGAGCUUUUCAUCAUUCAAGCCCACGAAUAUCAAUAAUUAAGCCCUUUUUUUACCUAAAAAAACCUAUAGUUACCUAAUAUGGGAUUUUAUUGGUAUCUAACCAGAAGCUAUUCUUUUAUAUGCUAAUUGAAUGUAGAGAAUGUGUGCUAUGUGUAAUAUCAAAGCUUUUCGAAGGAUUAUAAAGACUAUAUGUAGUGUUCUUUGUCUUUUCUAGUAGUCUGCAUGAACAAUCUGUAGUGCGACAUCACCAUCUCAGUACAUUUGUUUGUAUUCAGACAGCAGUUCAUAUGGCUCAGUCGACCUGUUUGUACAAAAUCUGCUUUUAUUAAAGGGAUAGUUCACCUAAACGUCCUGUCUCAAAGUGUUCAUACAAUUGAAGUCGCUUAAUUAUCAGCACUAUUCAAAAUAUCUUCUUUUGUGGUCUGCGGAAGAGAGAAAGUCAUACACGUUUGAAAUUACAUGAACGGCAUAACGUGGCAGAUCAAAACAAUGGACAUUUAAACAUCACACCCCUAUACAUUUAGCCUUGCUCAUAGAGUUUAGGACAUGAAGAUACGUAACCCAGCCAAGAAGGGAAACUAUUGAAAGCUUUUAAAGCUUUGAUCGAAGGAAGUUGAAAAAAAUUAUGUUUAGAGAAGAUUAUCCAUUAACCUCGUAAUUUGAAUCAAUUACAUACAUAUUUAAUAUAAGACAAUACUUUGUAAUGCCCACGUGAAUAAAAAUGCAUUACACUAUAUAAAAUAUACGGUGUUUUUAAUUCUUACCACAGUGAAAAAUAAUGGUUACUACAGUAUUUGCAACAGCUUAUCGAUUCACAAAAUUGACAGUAAACUGUAAUGCCCCGUUCAGAUCAUAAGCGAAAAAGCAACACGAUCCCAUUCAUUUUAAUGGAGAGCUGGCGACUUCCGGACACGCGGGCAGUGGCAACCGUUUGCAACCUAAAUAGGGCGAUGCGGUUUUUAACUUUAUGCAAAUGAGGAGCGACUUUUCGGACGGACAGUCCAUAGGAGUGAAGAUGGGCGCUAAGGUCAACACCGCCGCCAUAUUGGUGAGCGCAAAAGCCGACUACAAAGACAUAUGAAUGAAUGGUGGAGCUGCAGAUUUCUGGAUUAAAACAGAUUGUGGUUAUAGACUUCAAAAUGUAUUUAUAGUCAUACGGAACUGUUGAAGUUCAGGCUUGUCAAGCAAUCAUUUAGGCUUAAUAAUUGUGUACACAUUGCUAAUGUGAAAUAAUUUAAGGCAGAUGAAAUGCACAUGAUCAGAUCACAGCUCGUUCACUUUAAAAGAAUGGAACAUUUAGGCUACUAUAUGACUAUAUACUGCUAAUUCGUACUUCUAAUGCACAGCAGUGUUAUUUGUUUUACAACAUCACAUACAUCAUGUUUUACUGCUAUAACAGUUUUACCGGAUUAAUAAAAGAACAUCUUUUAUCUUUGAAAAUGUCUAAAAUAACUACAGAAAAAGCCUUUUGUUGUUAUAUAAUAAGUAAAUAAAACUAUAUUAACUUGGGUGUUUUGUUCGAUGAUUCAAAUAAACUCAGACAUGGUCUCCAUGUCUGUGUUUUAUUGUCGACUACAGCAACGUGGUUAUUUAUUCUGAUGUGAUGUUAGGCUAAGUAUGGUGUUUCAUACUCUGAAUUUGUGCUCUGCAUUUAACCCACCCAAGUGCACACACACAGCAGUGAGUAAAACACACACCGUGAACACACACCCAGAGCAGUGAGCAGCCAUUGCUUGCUUGUCUUGUCUAUAAGUAACAUAUCACUGAACAUGGUUACAUCUAGUGGAUUCUAAAACACGAAUAAUGGAUUUCACAUUUCCUUAUGAGAACCAUCACUAGAUGAGAACUAGAGACAUGAUAAAGUUGUCCUCUACCUAUAUUGUAAACCAUUGAAAUAUUUUAAGACAUUUAAAUGUGAAUGUGCUUUUAUGGUCGAAAAAGCUCACCUCUUCCAUUGGGUUCAGUGGGCUUUUAGUGCACUGUUGCCCUCACUAAUAUGGCGCAGCCGUUGACAUGUCGCAACACCAGAGCAAAGUGGCCAAUGCGGCGUCUAGGCAUUUAUUAUGUCUAUGAGUGAAAAUGCCUACUUGCAACCUACUGGCGACUUGCAUUUACAAAGUUGCUUAUAAUCUAAACGUGGUAAUAUAGACGGUUUCAGGAACAAUUUAAACAUUAUUUGGCCCAAGCUUAACUUCCGGUAGAACUCUGCAAAGAGUCUACAACAUGAGAAGUUUUCAUCUUAUACAAUACAAUUAAAUAUAUAAUAAUAUACUACUAAAGAUUGCAAUUGUCUGUUACCAGUGUCAUAAAAAUGCCGCUGGGCAGCACAAUACACGUGAAUUUGUUUACCAAGCUGAUGGAACCCGUGAAUGCAGAAACGUAAUUUGAAAACCAUGUCGCAUUCUUCCGCAGGCAACGGAUGGGUGGGUCUAUGUGUACAGAUUUAAACGCAGAAUUGUUUGCCAAUGUAAAAUAAAUUAGGCAACCUGAUGCAGUAAGUCUUUUGUGUUGACUGAACGUAUAGUAUUUAAUUCUUCAAAGUAAUGAUACUUUGUUUAGCCAACUUAAAUUUGUUUGUUUACAUAA